UUUCGGUUAUGUAUGUUGUUUGUUUGUGCUGCCCCUGCGCUGUUAUAUUUUGUGUUUAUGAAAGAAAUACUUAAUUUUUACUCCUGACCAUUAAAUGGAAUCAUUUUAUUUCUAGCUAAGCAACAUUCUGAUACUUAUUUCGUAGUGUUAAUAAGGCAAUUCAAUAAAUUAUCCGGAAGUAAUAAGUCCUACUCAUCAACUAAGUUGGAGUAGGUAAAUUUAGGGUUAACUUGGCCUAACAACGGUUAAUAUAUGAACUUAACUUUCUAAAGGUUCAGUUUGAUUAUUGUGAACUUAUAAAUUACCAGUCUGCUGUUUAUAAGGAAAAGGCGUAAUAUUUAAUUGUCUACAGUUAAAACUGACUUAAUGAUUUAUUUGUUGUUGACCUGAUAUGCUGUUUAAGCUUAUGAAAUAUAAUCAUAACAUUUUCCUCCAAUCUUUUAAAAGGUUGCAAAAGGCAGCUUGCUUCAAAUCGGUUUACCACCCCCAAAGGAUGAACACUCCCAAUCCCAAAGUGGCAUAUUUUCAUUGUUCUGAGGGAGCAGAUACGUUUAAAGUCAGCUUUUGGUUCAUUAGUGAAGCACCUAAUGUUAAUAGACAAUUUAAUUUUGAAAGAAGACUGGUUGAAACAGUAGACUCUUUCUUGUCCAGAGUGUCCACAAAUGUACAAAAAGUUGUUGGAAAAAAGUUAUCGAAACUAAAAAAGAAAGAAGGGAAUGAAGAACCUGAAAAGAAAGUGGUAGUAGAACUGAUUGCAAACGAUGUUGAAGUAUCAAAAGACGUUAACUGUGAGGAUAUAUUUUUUUCCAGUAAAUACCCAUUUGGAGUUCUAGCUUUGAGGAUUAUGGGGAUAAAUUAUUCCGUUGCUAUUAAUUUUCCUUGGAUUGACUCAAUGAUUCUACCCUCAAGUACGAUGGCGGGAUUUCCUGUUUAUCCUGUUUCAUUUGAGUCCAAGUUUACUGACAAGUCACUAUCAUCGUUUGUUUGGAAGAAGUCUGUUAAAAAAAAUACAAACUCUACUGUAAAUGUCAGUAAGAAUAAUGAAAAUGAUCAGUGGAUCACUGUUGGAGAGGGAUUCAUGUAUUUACCGGCCAACAGUGAUAUAGGACAUAAAUUAAAAUUGGAAUGCACUCCUAAAAACUCCACUACGGCUGGACCUUGUUUAGAACGAGAGACUUCAUCAGCUGUCGAAGCAGGACCAGGUCACUGUCCAUUUGAAAAUCGUCACUUAUUUACUUCUAAAAAGACACCACAUGGAAGUUUCAGAGUUGUGUCUUACAACUUACUUGCCGAUACCUACACAUCUAUGGAUACUACCCAAGCUGAGUACUUCCCGUAUUGCCCAGCUUAUGCUCUCAAUAUUGAUUACAGGAAACAGUUGUUUAUGAAGGAAUUACUUGGCUACAACGCGGAUUUGAUUUGCCUCCAAGAAGUAGAUACAAGAGUAUUUGAGUCCGAUCUAACACCAGUGCUCGGACUGCAGGGACUCGCUGGUGUUUUCGCUAGAAAAGCCACAGUCAGUGAAGGUGUUUCGUGUUUCUACUCAACUUCAAAGUUUAAAAUGUUGGAGUCUCAAGAAGUCAUACUUAGUGAAGAGCUGUUGAAUAAAAACUACUGUUCAAAGAUCCUUUCUUACGUAAACAAAAAUGCUCAACUCAAAGAAAGGAUUGCUGGGUUAGGAUCAACAGCACAGGUAGUUAUCCUGGAGAGUAUAGAACGUCCUGGAGAGCUCAUGGUUGUGGGAAACACGCACCUUUACUUCCAUCCUGACUCCGACCACAUCAGACUACUACAGGGAGGCAUCUUGCUAGCCUUCCUAGAGGAUAAAGUCACCUACGCCAGGACCAAGCUCCAUGGAAAACAAGUUUCACUUGUUUGUUGCGGCGACUUCAACAGUGUUCCAUCUUGUGGCAUUUACAAACUCAUGACAACAAAAUCAGUCCCUCCAGACUUCAUUGAUUGGAAAAGCAAGCCUGAAGAGGAGGUGCAAGGUCUAAGUUUGUCACAGCCGUUCAACAUGCAGAGUGCCUGUGGAACACCCAAGUAUACAAACUUCACUGCAGCCUUCGCCGACUGUCUAGACUACAUAUACUACCAAACAGACAGACUGUCCGUGGAAUCUGUGAUCCCGCUACCAUCUGAUGAGGAGUUGACACAACACACGGCCAUUCCCAGUGUCGUGUUUCCUUCUGAUCAUGUAGCACUGGUAGCAGAUCUGAGGUGGAAAGUUUAACA